AUGCCCAUGAUGGGGAAUGAUGCGAGUGCGGUGCCAGGACCUGAGUCGGGGACUGUUGUCUGGCUGACGACGCAGGUCUCUCGUCGGAACAAGCGGAAGGACAAGGUGUUUGUGAACAAUGCCAUUGUGCGGAGCAAGUGGGACUCGGACAAGACGGUGACGGAGAACUACAAGAACCUCGGUCUGGUGCGGGCGACGAACAUUGCCAUCAACAGCUCUCAGUCCAAGGCCGAUCGGAAGAAGAGUCGUCAGGCUGCCGCAGCGUCGUCAGAUGGUGUCACUACCAUUACCCUUCAGCCUGGUCAGAAGCUGCAGGACCUCAACAUUGUGGCAGAGCUGGAGAAGCAGGCCAAGCGGAAGAAGCCGCUCCGCUUCCGCUCGCUCUCGGCACAGCAGUUCCGUGACAUGCAUGCCUUUGUCAAGAAGCAUGGCGAUGACGUCGCCAAGAUGGCUCGCGACAUGCGCCUCAACCGCUGGCAGAAGACCGCCACACAGCUCGCAAAGUCGCUCGCCAUCUACAACGAGAUGUUCGAGCGCGUCCUCGACGAUCGCUUUGGCGGCAUGGACCUCUACACCACAAACGAGGUCCGUCUCAUCGCCGGCAAGGAGCCGCUUACCAACCGUGAGCAUCGCGCCAUUUCAAAGGCCAACUACAGGGCCCAGAUCGCCCGCAUGGAUGCCGAGGAGGCCGCUGCAGAGGCCGCCGCCGCCGCUGUCAGCGACUAUGACGAGAGCAGCGAGGACGACGGCGAGGAGAGCGAAUGA